AUAUUAAUUGUGUGCCUUUGGAAAAGAUGCCGCAAGGAAUCAGCCAGAUGAAAUACUUGCAAUUCUUUCCAAAUGUAGUAUUGAGUGACAAACAUAAGGAUGAUGUGUUCAAAAUUACAGAGUUAGCAGAGCUUGAAUAUCUUCGCGGAAAGCUUUGCAUUUCGGGUUUGGAAAAUAUUAAUGAUGCAAUGGAGGCUUCAAAGGCUAAUUUAAAGGAUAAGAAGGACCUUACAGAACUAACUUUGAGCUGGAACAAUGAUGUUGUUGACGCUGAUAGUUCGCAAAAAGAAUUAGAUGUACUUGACGCACUUCGACCACAUACAAAGUUAAAGUUUUUGAAGAUUGACAGUUAUAGAGGUACAACAUUCUCAAACUGGAUUGGAGAUUAUGCAUUUUCUAAUUUAGUAUCGAUUAGUUUGCUCAAUUGUAAAAGCUGUUGUUAUUUACCACCACUUGGACAACUAGCUUCUCUCAAAGAUCUCAGAAUUGAUGGAUGUGAUAGUGUGUAUUCAAUAGGUGAUGGGAUCGAUAGCCAUGGUCCUUUAUUCACUUGUUUAGAAAUAUUACAUAUUUUGAAUAUGUUGAUGUGGAAAGAAUGGUCAUUUGGUACCGAAGCUAUUCUUCAAGAAGGUCAAGUGUUCCCUCUUCUAAAAGAUGUUUGGCUGCAUAAUUGUCCCAAGCUUAAUGUUGGCUUACCCGGUUAUCUUCCAUCAUUGGAAAGUCUCAGUAUCGGUGAUUGUGAAGAAAUGGAGUAUUUGCUUCCGAUAACUCAACAGACUGUCACAGCCCCACCCUUUCUUGAUGACGUAUCCAUAUCAGACUGUCCUGUGUUGGAGUCACUUUUAAAUUGGGGAUCACACAACAAAGUAAAGGCACUUUCUCUAUCGAACACAAAAGUGCUUUUUGAGAAUCGUAUUAAAUGGGAUCUAUAGAAACUCUCAUGUUUGGAAUGCAUACAUAUCAGAGGAUGGGAUGAUGAUUCGUUUCCCGACGAAGGGCUCCUUCCGAUCACUCUUAAGAGAAUUUUGAUCGAAAAUUCUAGCAAACUUGAGACCCUAAAUGGAAAGGCUUUUCAACAACUAACCUCCCUUACGUCUUUGGAAAUUACAAGCUGUAAAAGCCUCCGGUUCUUGCCAGAAGAAGGGCUGCCCACUUCUCUGACUCAUUUAUCAAUCGAGAGAUGUCCUUUGCUAAAUCAACGAUGUGAAAAAGGAGGAGAAGAUUGGCCUAAGAUUCAACACAUCACACAAGUGAAAUUGGAUUAUAAAUUUGUCAAUUAAAUCAUGCAAUGAUCUAUAUGUAUUAAGAUGAUCAAUGGGACUACUGUAUAUCGAAUGGUUGUAAAGUUGAUGAUUUGGUGGAGUAUCCUUGUAAGUUCAUUUUGAGUUUUUCUUUUUUUCUUUUAAAAAAAUAAAUGUUGGAGCUUUAUGUCAUUUGGAGAUUUUGAUGGCUGCUUAUGAUGGUAUGCAUGAUAAUACGGAAACUUGAGUUCAUACUUCAACAUAUAAUCUUUUUGAUAUAUAUUUUUGUAUUGAACCAAAGGCAUGACUAGAUUCUAGGAUAAAUGUUUACUCUUUUUAUCCAUUCCAUACUGUCAUGUUUAUCGUGUGUUAAAAAUUCAACCAUAAGUGGUGAAAUUUAUAUACAAACGUUUCAAGUUUGGCUCACCAUGGUUGUUCAUUAUCAGGUUGUGUUGGUAAGAAAGCCACACUUGUGUUUUAUAUGGAUAAUUUUAAGAUGUUAUGGCAUCAGAUUCAAGAGUGUUGAACUGAAAAUAGUGCUCCAAUGACACAAUUCCACGAAAUGAUUAGGAGAUUAAUCAAAAUGGCAAAACUAAUGAGAUGCUCAAGUGUACUUGGAGUCUGCUACUUCUUCUUUGAAAGUGACUCUAAACUAUCUACUUCCCCCGUCCUGCUUUGGAAUAUUUCAUCUUGCAUUGUGGAAGAUUGCUCGAAUCUUCAGUCGCUUUGCUGCCCUCAAUGUCAUCAAAUGGGCAGCUGCUUCUGUUUUUAAUGAACUUGAAGAGUGGUGUGAAUUAAUGCCUCAGUUUAUUUUCUUUUUGUGGAUGAAAA